ACUUUAAAGGACAUACAAGUAUUUGCACUUUGCAGUAUAGAAUCUCAGCAAAAUUUAAAUAUUUCCUGGUUUAAAAAGACGAUGUUUGUAUGUAACUUUGUAUGUUAGCCAGAACUAAAAGUUGAGCGAAAAAUGAUUAAAAGACAGCUAUAUUAUCUAUUUUUUUCCUAACUUAGAAAGUUUUCAUAUGUGGAAUUUGGAGUAGGAUAUUCCAGUGUGAUGAGCUGAAAAUCUAUAGCUUAUAGAAACUUGAUAUUUUUUCUCAAUUUUUUUCUCUAAACACUUACACUGUUUCAUUAGUCAUAAUGAUAAAGUAAAGGAAUCAAAAUUAAUUUUAUUUACUAGCAUGGGUAAUAAAAUUCCACGGAGUCCCUAUCAAGUUCUCUGAUCCUAAAUUUUUUUCUCCCUUUAUUAUGAGACUGCUGACAGUGAUCCUGGAAGCUAAAAACUGUGUGGUGGUGAAGAAACUUGGACUUCUUGCUAACAACAAAUCCUCUCGCUUUGGAAUGUUAUUCCUGGUAGGUGAAAACAUAAAAGAUCUAGAACUGGCUCAACAGCUGCAAACUGAAGAAUGUGAACGGCAGAGAUCAGAGGAAGACAAGCAAGAGAGGGAAGAAUUUAAAAAGCUGCAGAGGCAGUAUGGAUUGGAUAAUUCUGGAGGCUACAAGCAGCAAUUCCUCAAGGAUAUGGAAAGGGAAGUUGAUAAAGGAAGGAUGCAGCCUUUUGAAUAUCACAAGAGAAAAGCUGAUAUGAUGGAAUGUUUGGCUUUUGGUAUAGAUGAUGGAAAAACAAAGACCUCAGGAGUCAUUGAAGCAUUGUGCAAGUAUUAUCAGAAUGAAAACAAAGAUGUGCGGCGUGUAUGGCUUUCAACAGGAGUAGAUCAUUUCCACUCAUCUUUGGGUGACAGAGGCUGGGGCUGUGGUUACAGGAAUUUCCAAAUGCUCCUUUCCUCCCUGUUACAAAACAGCCUGUAUAAUGACUGCUUACAAGGUACUACACUAAUUCCUAGUAUACCAAAGAUUCAGUCCAUGAUUGAAGAUGCUUGGAGAGAAGGCUUUGAUCCUCAUGGGGCAUCUCACUUCAACAACAAAUUACAUGAUUCCAAAGCAUGGAUAGGAGCGUCUGAAAUUUAUUCACUAUUAACCAGUCUCAGGAUAAAGUGUCAAAUCAUUGACUUUCACAAACCGACUGGCCCUAUGAGUACACACCCAUGUUUAUUCGAGUGGGUUUUGCGUUACUAUUCUACUGAUAACGAAGGUGGUGCAAAAAAAGUAGUGUGUACUUCCAAACCACCUAUCUAUUUGCAACAUCAAGGUCAUAGUCGUACUGUUGUUGGAAUAGAAGAGAAGAAGAAUAAAACCUUAUGUUUGCUAGUAUUUGACCCGGGAUGUCCUUCCCAAGAAAUGCAGAAACUGCUAAAACAGAACAGUGAUGGUACUGGCCUCAAACUACUUCGGAAGUUUUUGGGUAGCUUAAAAGAAAAGCAAUACCAGAUAGUGGCUGUAGAUGGUGUACUCUCAUUGGAAGAGAAAGCUGCUCGCUGCCAUGCUUCUCAGGUCUUAACAUCAGAGAAGGUUCCGUAAAGAAUUCCUUUAUUACCUCUUUUGGAAUUUGCUCGAUGCAAAACAUUAAGCUUCUGGACUGUGACCUUAGCUCAACAAUUUUUAAGUAAA